GCCCGGCGAAUCGAUGCUCUCGGCGCUCCUAGUGGGCGGAAGUGAAGGCACCGGCUGUCGGGUGGCCGCCGCCCCAGGACUCUUAGCGAGAGCGUUGGGGCCCCUUGUCUGCGAAGCUGGCGCUGGAUGGCUACUGGCACGCUGCAGAUUACUUUUAUAACUAGCUCUACAGUUUGCUCAACAAAGCACAAUGUCUCGAACCCGACAACCCCCGCUUGUGACAGGCAUCUCUCCAAAUGAGGGAAUACCAUGGACAAAAGUCACAAUUAGAGGAGAAAACUUGGGGACUGGCCCAACUGACCUCAUAGGAUUGACAAUUUGUGGACAUAAUUGUCUCCUGACGGCAGAAUGGAUGUCUGCAAGCAAAAUAGUUUGUCGAGUGGGACAAGCCAAAAAUGACAAAGGGGACAUUAUUGUCACAACCAAAUCAGGUGGCAAAGGAACCUCAACGGUCUCUUUCAAGCUACUCAAACCUGAAAAAAUAGGUAUAUUGGAUCAGUCUGCUGUAUGGGUUGAUGAAAUGAAUUAUUAUGAUAUGCGUACUGACAGGAAUAAAGGAAUUCCUCCUUUGUCCCUACGUCCUGCAAAUCCGCUUGGCAUUGAUAUUGAGAAAAGUAAAUUUCCCCAGAAGGACCUAGAAAUGCUGUUCCCUGGAAUGAGUGCUGAUUUUACAAGUGAGAAUUUUUCAGCCGCCUGGUACUUGAUAGAAAACCACUCAAAUACCAGUUUUGAACAGCUCAAAAUGGCAGUCACCAACCUGAAGAGACAGGCCAACAAGAAGAGUGAAGGCAGUCUGGCAUAUGUGAAAGGGGGUCUCAGUACUUUCUUUGAAGCACAGGAUGCCCUCUCAGCCAUCCAUCAAAAACUAGAAGCGGAUGGAACGGAAAAAGUAGAAGGAUCCAUGACGCAAAAACUGGAGAAUGUUCUGAACAGAGCGAGUACUACUGCUGAUGCAUUAUUUCAAGAAGUAUUAGGUCGAAAGGACAAGGCAGAUUCCACUCGAAAUGCACUCAAUGUGCUUCAGCGAUUUAAGUUUCUCUUCAACCUUCCUCUAAAUAUUGAAAGAAAUAUUCAAAAGGGUGAUUAUGAUGUGGUUAUUAAUGAUUACGAAAAGGCCAAGUCUCUCUUUGGGAAAACCGAGGUGCAAGUUUUCAAGAAAUACUACGCUGAAGUAGAAACACGCAUUGAAUCUUUAAGAAAAUUACUUCUGGAUAAAUUGCUUGAGACACCAUCAACCUUACAUGACCAGAAACGUUAUAUAAGGUACCUGUCUGAUCUCCACGCGUCAGGAGACCCUGCUUGGCAAUGUAUUGGAGCCCAACACCGCUGGAUCCUUCAGCUCAUGCACAACUGCAAAGAGGGCUACGUUCAAGACCUGAAAGGCACUCCAGGGCUCCACAGUCCCAUGUUGGAUCUCGAUGGUGACAUGCGACCCUCUGUGCUGGGGCAUCUUAGUCAGACGGCCUCACUGAAAAGGGGCAGCAGUUUUCAGUCUGGACGAGAUGAUACAUGGAGAUAUAAAACUCCUCACCGAGUAGCAUUUGUUGAAAAAUUGACAAAGCUUGUUCUAAGUCAGCUGCCUAACUUCUGGAAACUAUGGAUUUCUUACCUGAACGGAAGUCUUUUCAGUGAGACUGCUGAGAAGUCAGGCCAGAUGGAAAGAUCAAAGAAUAUAAGGCAAAGGCAAAAUGACUUUAAGAAAAUGAUCCAGGAAGUAAUGCACUGUCUUGUGAAGCUGAUCCGAGGAGCCCUCCUCCCCCUUAGCAUCCCAGAAGGUGGAGUGAGGCAAUAUGGAGGUUGGGAGGUGAAGUCUGAGCUCUCAGGACAGUGGUUGGCACAUGUCAUCCAGACCAUUAGAAUUACUUAUGAAUCAUUAACUGCUCUUGAAAUUCCUAAUGACAUGUUACAAACUAUGCAGGAUCUGAUUUUGGAUCUGCGAGUACAUUGUGUGAUGGUCACGUUGCAACAUACAGCAGAAGAGGUAAAGAGAUUAGCUGAAAAGGAAGACUGGAUUGUUGAUAAUGAAGGCCUAACUUCCCUACCUACCCAGUUUGAACAGUGCAUUAUCCAUUCUCUGCAGUCACUGAAGGGAGUUUUGGAAUGCAAGCCUGGAGAAGCCAGUGUCUUUCAACAACCUAAGACACAGGAGGAAGUUUGCCAGCUGAGCAUCAAUAUCAUGCAGGUUUUUAUAUACUGUCUGGAACAGCUGAGCAUCAAGCCUGAUGCGGAUGUGGAUACUUCACAUCUGUCUGUUGAUGUUUCUUCUCCUGACUUGUUUGGAAGUGUUCAUGAGGACUUCAGUUUGACUUCUGAGCAACGACUUUUGAUAGUCCUGAGUAACUGUUGCUAUCUGGAACGUCACACUUUUCUGAAUAUAGCCGAACAUUUUGAAAAGCACAACUUUCAGGGAGUAGAAAAGAUAACACAGGUUAGCAUGGUCUCAUUGAAAGAAUUAGACCAUAAACUCUUUGAAAAUUAUAUUGAGUUGAAAGCAGAUCCAAUCGUUGGCUCCUUAGAACCUGGAAUUUAUGCAGGCUAUUUUGACUGGAAAGACUGCUUGCCUCCAACAGGUGUCAGAAACUAUUUAAAAGAAGCGCUGGUGAAUAUAAUUGCUGUGCAUGCAGAGGUGUUUACUAUUUCCAAGGAUUUGGUGCCUCGGGUCCUGUCGAAAGUGGUAGAAGCAGUUUCUGAGGAACUGAGUCGACUGAUGCAGUGUGUUUCCUCUUUCAGCAAAAAUGGAGCAUUGCAGGCACGGCUCGAAAUCUGUGCCCUGCGGGACACCGUAGCUGUUCAUCUGACACCUGAUAGCAAGUCUAGUUUUAAACAAGCUCUGGAAGCCCUGCCUCAGCUUUCCAGUGGAGCAGAUAAAAAGUUACUGGAAGAACUGCUAAACAAGUUCAAGAGUAGCAUGCACUUACAGCUCACCUGCUUCCAUGCUGACUCUUCAACCAUGAUGAAAACAUAAAUCCCUCCAAAAUAAGGGCAGUCGAGAAAGGACGCAAAUAAGAAAACUCACCACCUAUUUAAAUGCCCUAGUCAUCUUUGGUAUAUAGAGCACCAGGUCAGCAAAUCCUCCCCAUCUCUCAUUUUCUCUCUGUCACCUCAAGUUGGUAAAUGAGAAAGAUGUUGGCAUGCAUUUCAUUGUUCAGCCACGUGGCCUUUUCGAGAGAGAGACAAACCCCACAGCACUGAAGCUUCCAUCAGUGUGGUGGGAGCCAGGUUCAAACCUUAGCUAAAUGUUGAAUGGUGAAAGCUGCAGAAAGGGUUACCAUUGCAAGGAGGGUUUUGAGUUUGUUACUAUCUUAUUUACUAGUUUUUUAUUGUUGGAUAUUCCCCAGGCACAUGGAAAGAUUGAUCAAAAGUUAUUUGGAAAGUUCUGUUUAGACAUCUUUGGAGUUUUAACUGUUCUAAACAGCACAGCUUAACUUAAAAACCUUAUUUUAUACAAUAGCUAUAAAUUUCCAAUUCAUGUGGGUAUUUAGAAAAAAAAAUGUCAUUUGUUUUAAAAAAUGCUAUCUUUGGGGCAGAUUUUUUUUUUGGUCCAGAUGUCUCUGAAUGAAUGGACUUUGCAUUUGAUCACCUACUUUUUUUAUUUUUAUAGUGCUAGACUAAGUAAACAUCUUCUGGGUGUAGCUUUUUUUUUCCAUCUGACUCUCAAUUUGAUGGGUCUCUUCACAUCAAUGAGUUGUCUGUCCCUGAGGACCUAUUUGUAGCAUGUGAUGAAGUUACAAUAUUAAUGUAAUAGGAUGCUCUGUGGGGUACUGUCAGAAAUAGCCAUAGUCCCAGUGUCUUCUAAAAGGUUAUACAAGCCUCUGAUGGCAGUGAUGCCUGCCACUAUGCCUACCAUAGUCCCACCUUCCUUUCUGGCAGUUUCUUUCCUCUCCACCACCUUUUACUCUUUGAAGUCUCUUGCUCAUGGUCAAAGAGAUUGCUUUUCUGGCAUCAUCUGUAUUUUCUAAAGAUUCAAAGGCACCCCUGAAUUGCUUAAUGGCAGGAAUUAGCGACCCAUGUGAUGUCUGGCCUACAUUCGUUGCUGACUUCGUUUACCAGAAAGUUCAGGUCAUUGUGACCUCUUUCCAAGUUCCUUCUCUGCCUAACUUCAUCAUACCAUUCACUAUAUUCAAAAAAUUUAAUAACUCCAGAUUGUUCUGUGGGUAUCACAGAAUCCACCUUUUUUAAUACUGAAAGUACUUUUACUAAUAUUGGCAAUUUUAGAGUACACAUAGCCAUGCUUGGUGUCUAAUUUUGGAUUAAGUUAAUGAUGGUGUGUUCAUUUGAUGAGUAGAAAGUAAAUCAUUAAACUGUAAGUGGACAUUUCAUCAUUCCUAACGUGUUUGAUAAGUUGUCUUCAGAACUAUUCGUAACAUUGUCUCUUCAAGAAAGCGUAACCACUGUAACCAACAUUACUCCGAACUAACUUACCAAAUUAUAAUCCUGAAUGUUUGUCUUAUUUUAAAUGUCUAGUGCAGAGCAUUCAACAAAUAAAGAAUGUGUAUUCAGUUCUUGAUGUUGUGACCCUAGACAUCUUUACUUCAACAUUUUCAUUAGCUACAAAACUUAGUACAUGUCUAAUUUUAACACUCAAAAUAAAUGCUGAAAAUCUGA